AUGUCGUCCGAGUCAACUCGCCCGCUCCUGCUGCCGCAGAACCGCAAGCUGCGCCAUCUCCGCGGCAUCUACCUCCGAAACCUCACCUUCGCCCGCCCCCGCGGACGCACCAUUGACGACGCUGCUCUUAACAAGAGUCCCGCUAAGAUUGAGGCCCUCCGCAACGCGCCCCAGCUCCAGCAUGCCCUCUCCUCAGAUGACCUUCGCCCCCCCGCCGGCCGGCGCCGCAGCACUAACCUCGGCAACGCGAGCCCGCUGACGCGGCAGAAGAACAUGGAGGAGAUCUUCAACAACAGACUGGCCGACGCCUUCUUCUCACUCCAUGUCGAGGGCGAGGAGGAUCCCGUCUACAUCAGCGAGGUCGCCGAACGGUCAGCGAACUUCAAUUUCCAAUUCUUCGAGCUCACCGAACUCGCUCCCUCAGUCACGCGAUCGCCCCAGGUCACCGUCAAGGUCUGGACAAAGCGGAAGGGCGACUGGAGCCUGUUGCUCGAAGAUGAAGUCGAUCUACGGGCCCUGAACUGGCUGGGCACUCUGCAAAACGUCCAUUUCCCCCCCAACAGCCUCGUAUUCCAUAUGAUGGAUGGAAUAUACUCGAUCGAGCUCUCCAACAGCUACCCGCCCCCUAAGAGGACGGCUUCGCUCCCUACGUCGUCGUACAAUGCGUUGAUGCGCCUGGCCACGCUCGACAACUCGAUCCAGGAUGCUAUCGCAACCCGUGACGCACUCUCGCAGCAGAUUAACGACCUGUUGGAGAAGGAGCCCAAGAACGAGCUGCCCAAGGCCGAGGACAAACUGGCGCGCGUUAGUAGGUAUCUGGCCCGGCAGCGCAAGGCUGUCGCAGCGGCCCAGAAGCGGAACGAGGACCUCAAAGCGUCCAUUGCCGCGCGCAGAUCGGCCAUUGCCGAGGGCCGGGCUCUGCAGGAGAAGGCCGGAAAAGACGUCGAGAACGCCGCCGAGAAGCUUACAGAGUCGCGCAAGUCGGUUGCCGAGACUAAGGAGCUGAUCCACGGGCAGCGCCGGCGCAUCUGCGAGGACCUGUCGCUCAUCUACAACAUCACCCCCGUGCCCAUGGGCCCGCCGCUCUCGUUCCAGAUCUGCAGCAUCCCCCUACCCAACACCGUCUACGACUCGACGCUCAGAUCGGCUGGCGAGGACGCUCUGUCGGCCGCGCUCGGCUACGUCGCCCGCCUGGUCGACGCGCUGCAGUACUACCUCUCGGUGCCGCUUCCCUACCCGAUCCAGCCAUUCGGAUCGCGCGCCAGCAUCCGCGAUGACAUCAGCCAGCUGGCCGACCCGCAGCGCGAGUUCCCCCUGCACGUCCCGCGCGGCGGCUCCAGCGCGCAGUUCCGCUUCGACUACGGCUGGUUCCUGCUCAACAAAGACAUCGAGGCCCUGUGCGCAUCGCAGGGGCUCAAGGUUGUCGACAUCCGCCACACGCUGCCCAACCUCAAGUACUUGCUGUACGUGUGCAGCGCCGGCAGCGGCGACGAGGUGCCUGAGCGCAAGCGCGGCGGCGUGCGCGGGCUGUGGGCCGGCCGCAUGAAGAACAGUUUGAGUGUUGCAGAGGCAGGCGGCGAUGGCGACGACGCAGGAAGCACCCCCGCAGGCAGCCGCCGCGGCAGCGACGCCAGCGACGCCUUUGGCAAGACGCGCGACGAGCUCCGCCGCGCCAUUUCCAUGGGCAGCAACGCCGGCGAUGGGCAGAAGCAGCCGGCAAAGGCAGCAACCCCGCGGCCGCCGUCACUGAUGUCCCUGCCCUUCCACGAAAGCGAGACUAAGCUGACGCUGCGCACCAAGGGUCUUAGGGAGAAUGCCGCGCGCUGA